AUGGCGCCCCUCCCCAGCGAGGAGCACACCUAUCAAGGGCGGCAGGGCGCACCCACAUGCACGCGGGCCACGAUCGCGCCCGCGCACGGGCAUGCGCUCUCGCGCCUGGGGCUGCUCGCUUCCGCGCGCCCUCACACGUACUCGCGCCGUGCUCCGCCGUGCCCGCUGCCCUCGCACGGACGGCGCGCUCGGAUGGAAGACGUCGUGUUGUUGCGUCUCGACGCGUCGCGUCCCGGAGGCCGCGCGCAUCCCCGUCCGGUUCUCGAACAGGCGUACGCCGAGGAGCUGACCGACUCGGGCCAUGCAGCAGCCCUCGACGAUGUGCGUCGUCUUGCGCGGAGGAGGAAACUGUUCGCGGGGCUCGCGCUGUUCUCCGAGUCGUAG